UGUUCGUGCACACACACAUACACAUACAUUCAAACACAUACACACAGUUGUCCGUACAAAUCUGGUAAAGAAAUAACACCCCAAAACAUCAUUAUCCAGGAUUUACACUGCUCUUCGCCAGAGAAGGCCGAAGGAGACCCCAAACAGGUGGGCUCUCUGCUACUUGUUUCUGGUAACAUCUUGUCAUGCCGUUCCCUUUCGUCAAGUCUCACAAGUGUCCAGCGGACAUUGUGAAGAAUCUAAAGGACAACAUGACCAUUCUGGAGAAGCAGGACAUUUCAGACAAGAAGGCUGAGAAGGCUUCUGAAGAAGUGUCCAAGUCUCUGCUGUCCAUGAAGGAGAUUCUCUAUGGCACGAAUGAGAAAGAGCCGCAGACAGAAGCUGUAGCUCAGCUCGCUCAGGAGCUCUACAACAGCGGCCUGCUCAGCACACUCGUCGCAGAUCUGCAGCUCAUCGACUUUGAGGGCAAGAAAGACGUGGCCCAGAUCUUUAACAAUAUUCUGAGGCGUCAGAUCGGCACACGGACUCCCACUGUUGAAUACCUGUGCACUCAACAGAAUAUACUCUUCAUGCUGCUUAAAGGUUACGAGUCUCCGGACAUCGCUCUGAACUGCGGGAUCAUGUUGAGGGAAUGCAUACGGCACGAGCCGCUGGCCAAGAUCACCCUCUGCUCUGAACAAUUCUACGAUUUCUUUAGAUAUGUUGAAAUGUCCACCUUCGACAUCGCCUCUGAUGCAUUUGCCACUUUUAAAGAUUUGCUGACGAGACACAAAGUGCUCAGCGCAGAGUUUCUGGAGCAGCACUAUGACAGAUUCUUUAGUGAAUAUGAGAAACUUCUUCACUCAGAAAACUAUGUUACUAAGAGGCAGUCGCUGAAGCUUUUAGGAGAGCUGCUUUUGGACCGGCACAACUUCACUAUAAUGACCAAGUACAUAAGCAAACCAGAGAACCUCAAACUCAUGAUGAACCUACUGCGAGACAAGAGCCGCAACAUCCAGUUUGAGGCCUUUCAUGUGUUUAAGGUGUUUGUGGCCAAUCCCAACAAGACUCCGCCCAUCCUGGACAUCCUGCUGAAGAACCAAACCAAACUCAUCGAGUUCCUCAGCAAGUUCCAGAACGACCGCACCGAGGACGAGCAGUUCAGCGACGAGAAGACGUAUCUAAUCAAACAGAUCCGAGACCUCAAGAGGCCGACCCCGCAGGACGCUUGAGAAACACCACCAGUAUACACACGAACGUAUAGAGGAAGUCUAGACGGUGGCGUCUGGGCAAUCUUUGGCUCUCUGGGACGUUGAGUGGCCGCAGCGCUGGGCAUGUUUUUGUGUUUUGCAGGAACCGUCAAAUGCCGUUUGAGCUCGGUGAGUGAUGAUGAUGAUGAAGGGUCUCGCUUUGCUGGACAUCCAACCUCUUCCCCCGAUUAUGUUUUAUUCUCAUGUUUAAAAAACGAGCAAAGUGAACAGAGAAGACGGAAGUAGAUGCUGCUGCUUUAUUGCACAUACAGGAGGGGGUUUUGUACCUCAUACACAAACAAACAUACACUCAGAUGCUAGUAAACCUACACAGAUGGAGUUUGCUAAUUGGAUGGUGAUGAAUUCAAUGAUGAAUAUGCAUUUAUCAUAUCUCAUAUAGCAUUCAAACACACUCCUGUGACGCACGCAUCAUGUUUUGCACAUUUUGAGGUUGCAUAUCCUGGAUGAGUAGUGAACAUGUACAUAGGGUAUUUUUUUUUUUCACUUUUCAUAUUUGUUUUGGCUUUGUAGGAUGUGUUUUAGCACCUUUAGAGAUGGUAACGGUUUAUGGUUUAUUGUGUCAGUCAUUUUGAGAGACGCGUGUGGACAUGAGUAAAUGUGAGAGGUUAGAUACUGAUUUGUUAGCGCCGUCUCUGAUUUAACGCUGGCAUUUUUUGUCUAUCAUUAUUAGUCACUGCAUUGAAUGGGUGUAAUGGAAAGUUGGCGCUGUUAAUUCUGCUUUCUGUGGUCGUGACCUUAAAUUUUAUGAUCUGACUUUUCUAGUUUUCGAUGUUACUAACCUACUGGUGUAGUAUUUGUCUAGUGCUCAUAACUUUUAGACAGUCUCAUUUAAUGUUAGCUUUUGAUCAUUUGGUGCAUGCAUAGUAGAAUCUGACAUAACCUCACAUUUCACCCUAAAAUCAAGAGAAAUUUUAUAUUUUGGCACCUGCUCAUCAAAAAAUUGCUUUAGUUUGUUAAAAAAAUUUAUAAUUCUAUAAUAAAUCUUACUAUAUACUAGUUUUUUGUAAUUAUUUUUAGAUAAAAAAGGGAUGGUUCACCAAGAAAUGAACUGAAUCAUUUACUCGCUGUGGUUCAAAACCUAUUUCAUUUUUUUUCUGCUUGUGUUGAUGACAAAAUGAGAUAUUUUGAAGAAUGUUGGUUGCUGGUAACCAUUGAUUUCAGGUAUGGAAGUCAAUAAAAGGGUGUCAGCAUCCAGCAUCUUUUUUUGUGUUCAAUAAAAGAAAGAAACUCAAAGGUUUAAACCACAUGAGUGACAAUAAAUGAUGAGGUCAUUUUCAUUUUCUGUGUGAACUAUCCCUUUAAGUUUAUUAGUAUUGUUUUUAAAAUAAAUACAAUGCAGUUGUAAUCAUUUACUUACUGUUGUUCAGAACCUAUUUGGAUUUUUUUAUUAUUCUGUUGAAACACAAGGGAAGAUAUUUUGAAAAAUGUUGGUGCUGGUACCACUUGAUUCCAGGUAUGGAAGUCAAUAAAAGGGUGUCAGCAUCCAGCAUUUUUCUAAAUAUCUUCUUUUGUGUUCAACGGAAGAAAGAAACUCAAAGGUUUAAAACCACAUGAGUGACAAUAAAUGAUGAGAUCAUUUUCAUUUUUUUUUUUUUGUGUGAACUAUUUCUUUAAGUUUAUUAUUAUUAUUAUUAUUAUUAUUAUUAUUGCUAUUAUUAUUAUUAUUAUUACUAUUAUUAUUAUUAUUUGAUCUUUACAUUGUAGUUGUAAUUAUUUUCUCACCGUUGUUCAAAAGCUGUUUGAAUUUUUUUAUUAUUCUGUUGAAACACAAAGGAAGAUAUUUUGAAGAAUGUUGGUUGCUGGUACCCAUUGAUUCGAGAUAUGAAAGUCAAUAAAAGGGUGUCGGCAUCCAGCAUUCUUCAAAAUAUCUUCUUUUGUGUUCAACAGAAGAAAAAAACUCAUAAAGGUUUAAAACCACCUGAGUGACACUAAAUGAUGAGGUCAUUUUCAUGUUUUUGUGUAAACUAUCUCUUUUAAGCUUAUUAUUAUUAUUAUUAUUAUUAUUAUAUAUUAUUAUUAUUAUUAAGGACAAUGCAAUCGUAAUCAUUUACUCACUGUUGUUCAAAGCCUAUUUGUAUUUUUUUUAUUAUUCUGUUGAAACACAAAGGGAGAUAUUUUAAAGAAUGUUGGUUGCUGGUAACCAUUGAUUCCAGUUAUGGAAGUCAAUAAAAGGGUGUCAGCAUCCAGCAUUCUUCAAAAUAUCUUAUUUUGUGUUCAACAGAAGAAAAAAACUCACAAAGGUUUAAAACCACAUGAGAGUGACAAUAAAUGAUGAGGUCAUUUUCAUUUUUUGGGUGAACUAUCCCUUAAAGCUUUUUUAAAAAUAAUUACAAUGCAAUCAUAAUCAUUUACUCACCGUUGUUCAAAACCUAUUGGGAUUUUUUUUUUUUAUUAUUCUGUUGAAACACAAAGGAAGAUAUUUUGAAGAAUGUUGGCUGCUGGUACUCAUUGAUUCCAAGUAUGGAAUUCAAUAAAUGGGUGUCGGCAUCCAGCAUUCUUCAAAAUAUCUUCUUUUGUGUUCAACAGAAGAAAAAGAGGUUUAAAACCAGUGACAAUAAAUUAUGAUUUUUUUUGAUGAACUAUUCCUUUAAGCUUUUGAUUUUCUAAAAUAAUUACAAAGCAAUGCUAUUUAAAUUAAAAAUUUAAUCAAAAUGUUUGUACAAAGAGAUGCUUUGUAAAAACUUUUUCAUUUGAUAAUAUUCUUUCUCCUGAAUUUAGAGGUGAAAUGUGUUCUUGCCUGGUUUUGUGUGAUUUUACUAUACAUCAGCUCACUUACGUUACCAUCUUUUUUACUGUACCCUUUAUUUUGGGAAAAAAAUUACAACUCCAUUGUGAGAUGUUACUAGCUGGAGAUUAAUCUGAAACGGUUGGAUGUAGAUGAGCUGCUUCAGCUCACUCACACUCUGUGAAUGUUAUUUUAGGUUUGUUUUAUAAAAUCAGUCAGGUACUUGCUUGGUGGUGUUUCUUUUUAAUCUAGCCUAACCCCAAGUCUGAAAAACCACCUAAAACUGAAAGUGAUUUUGCAGGGUUUUGCUUGAUCAUUUUCAGGUUAUGACUGCUUUUACUCACAAACCAGCCACAAUUGUCUGCCAUAAACCCCUAAUUUCUUCAUUUCGAAUGCAUAAUGUUACUUUUAAUGCAGAACUUUACUCAUAGAUGUUCUGCAGAAUGUUUACAGUACUGGUCAGGAAUACAGGGAUUGAUAUAUGUCUAUAACAGUAUUUUAUUUUAGUGACGAAUACAAAAAAACUUUGCGUAGCUUAAACAUUUUUCUUCAUAUUUGAGUCUCUGCAUAUCCUGUUUAUAUGGUGACGGGCAACUCACCAUAAGCUGCGAUUUUACAACAGACUAGACUCUUUCAUUGGUUGGCACUUGUAACAACAGCCAAUCACAGUCAUCUUGUAUGCCUGACAUGGUAACGGCCCGGAGCAUUAAGAAUUCUGAGAAUUAGUAAACCUAUCUUGCAUAUCAGUGCAUGUUUGUAUUUCGCAGCCUUUAGAUUAAGCAUGGACGUCUUUAACGGACCGGCUGGAAACUUCUUGGCCUGCUGUCUGUUUCAAUUAAACGGUCCAAUUUAACCUAUGUAGAGCUGGCCUGAGUAAUAAGACUUGGGCACAGAAAUGGUGGAGUUUCAUCUGAAAUGUCAGUUCGUAGACAGACUAACAGUUGGAAAUAAAGUUUGGAAUAAAA